AUGGGCUGCUGUGGAGACCGCGAGAAGGGCCUGGUCAAUGUGGCCGCCGACCAGAAGUGGGAUUACAUUAAUCUCUCAGACUUCAGGUCGACGUCGUGCUUGACACCCUUCUCUUACGCGUGGCUCUGGAUCCUCGUCCUGGUUUCCUGCGCCGUCUACGCUGCUGAUGCUUUUACCGCUGUGAACCUCCUCGCCUUCAACAAGUGGUCGAGCCAGGUACAGCCCAAGGUGCCUUUCGAGGUUGCCAAGUGGAUCUUCGCCAUCACCAUCAUCAUCUCCUACGUCUUCCUGGCAUAUCGAGGCGUGAGAGCGCUCCGCGUCAUGCGCUCCGGCAGCGUGACAGAGUGCUACCUCGAGCCGCUGGCCGCCAUUUGGCAGAGCAUGCGGCUUACCAGCAGCGGCCGGGGAUGGCGCCGUUUCCUGGUGUUUGCCGAGCUGACGAAGAGUAAAAAGGGCGCCAACUACAUUGCCCUCUUUGUGUACUUCCAGUUCAAGAGCGCUCUCAUCAUCAUUGUCGCCCAAGGCCCGCGCAUUGCUAUCAACGCCAUGACCCUGUACGCAGUUAUGCAGGCCCAGCUUCUCCCGGUCGGUGCGCACGCGUCUGAAGAUCGCUCUGGCUUCGAGCAGUUCUUCAUAAACAUCAAGGCCAUGAUCGAGACGGGCAACAGGCAGGAGACAAUCGUCUACUUCACCAUGUUGUUCUCGCUCGUCAUCUGGGUCAUUGCUGCACUCAGCAUCAUCAUCUCGUGUCUGCUCUACAUCCUCUUUCUCUGGCACUACAUUCCGCGUUCUGACGGUAGCCUGACCAACUACUGCCGUCGCAAGGUGGAAACCCGUCUGGCCCGCAUCGUUGGCACGAAGAUGAAGAAGGCGAUCGAGAAAGAAGACCAGAAGCGAAGGGCAGAGGAGCAGCGCGCCAUCAAGAAGGGUACUCUGAACUCCGUAAGCUCCAAGCAGCCCACUCUGCCCAGUCUGGUUGACAAGGAAGAGGACGGCCUCCAGCGGUCGGACACAUUCAGCACCAUCUCGACUCUGCCGGCAUACUCGUCCAACGCGCCCAGCUCGGUCGGUGUUGCGCGAAAGCCUACGUUGCCGACACUGAACCAAAGACCUGGUCCCGAUCGAUCCAACACAAACUACUCCACGACCAGCUACCGCUCCAAUGCGCCACUCCUGAACCAAGCAAGCGACAUGGGUAUGGCUUCGCCGCUGCCGCCUGUACCACACAACGCGUAUUUCUACGAGGACCCGCCUCUUGCACCUGCUCGUGCUUUCACGCCCAUGUCGCAAGGACGAGCGUCUCCACGACCCACUCUUCCGCAAGUGGAUACCAACUACGACACCAUCUCACCCUUUGACAGCGCCUACGGGCCACCGCCUGCGCAGUCAACACAGCAAUACGCCGCAUUCUCGCCCUACAACAACCGCGGGCCGACGACAGGUCCUGCGUACGAGCUGUCACCCGUCGAUAUCACUCAAGAUGACGACCCGCGCCCUUACAGCCCCCAACUCCCCGGUGCACUUCGCGCCGGCUCGCCCGCUAUGUCACACACUCCGAACAUGCCGCUUCGGCCUGGCACAGCUCCUCCACCGCGCGCGGGUACUGCUCCGCCUCGCCCAGGCGUACCCGCGGGUCUUCCAUCUGCAAUCCAGCGUCGCGAGACGUCUCAGCCUUUGCCGAACAGGGCCAUGACCGGCUCAGUGCCUGCGUCGCAGCAACGCAGUGCUACAGCGCCGAUCCGACAACCUGGCUGGAAUGCACCGCAGAGAAGCUACACCCCUUCAAACGUUGGCGAACGAGGCUACGCACCUGCUGAGAGGAGUUACACGCCCGCCAACUACCCCCCGAACCAAAGGGGCUACGACUAUUGA